AUGAAUCUACGUUCUGUAUUUACUGUAGAACAACAAAGGAUUUUACAGCGUUAUUAUGAAAAUGGAAUGACAAAUCAAAGUAAAAAUUGCUUUCAGCUCAUAUUACAGUGUGCACAAGAGACUAAGCUGGACUUCAGUGUAGUCAGGACGUGGGUUGGCAAUAAGAGAAGAAAGAUGAGUAGUAAGAAUUCUGAAUCAGGAGCAGCAACAGCAGGAACUGUUUCUGGUACCUCUUUGGCAGCUCCAGACAUUACAGUCAGAAAUAUGGUUAACAUUGCUCGACCCUCAAGCCAACAGUCUUCUUGGACAUCUGCCAAUAAGGAUGUCAUUGUAACUGGCAUAUACAGUCCAGCUAGUUCAUCAAGUAGGCAAGGGACAACCAAACAUACAAAUACACAAAUUGCAGAAGCACAUAAAAUCCCUCUUCAGAAAACGGCCAGUAAAAAUGCAACUGAGUUUCAGUUGCACAUUCCCGUUCAAAGACAAGUAGCGCACUGUAAAAAUGCCUCCCUGCUCGUAGGUGAGAAAACAAUUAUUUUGUCAAGACAGACAAGUGUGCUAAAUGCUGGCAAUUCUGUAUACAGUCACAGAAAGAAAAAUUAUGGCAGUCCUUCAGUGCAAGCCUCUGAGAUGAUGGUACCUGAAAAGCCAUCUGUGUGCCACCAACCUUGCAAAAUUGAACCAGUUGGAAUUCCAAGGUCAUACAAGCCUGAAUACACAGGUCAAGGAUCACAUAACUUGUGUGGGCAAAAGCCACCUAUUAGAGACCCUUACUGCAGAACACAAAAUUUGGAAAUCCGUGAAGUAUUUUCAUUGGCGGUUAGUGAUUACCCCCAGAGAAUUCUGGGAGGGAAUGGCCCACACACGCCUAGUUCAGCAGAGCCAACUUAUUUGUCCAUUGCAAUGGAGACUGGAGAUGCUGAUGAUGAGUAUGCCAAAGAGGAAGAGUUGGCAUUGAUGGGAGCACAGACACCAAGCUACUCAAAAUUUUACGAAAACAGCAGUUCCCUUCGAGCUGAGAACCAAAGUACAGCUUUGCCCGGACCAGGAAGAAAUAUGCCUAAUUCGCAGAUGGUGAAUAUUAGAGACUUGUCAGAUAAUAUACUGUAUCAAAACAGAGACUACCACAUGACACCACGGACCUCACUGCAUACAGCAUCUACUACAAUGUACAGUAGUACUAAUCCAUCACGGAGUAAUUUAUCUUCACAUUUUGCAUCAUCAAACCAAUUGAGGUUAUCACAAAACCAAAACAAUUACCAGAUUUCAGGAAACCUUACUGUGCCUUGGAUUACAGGGUGUUCCAGAAAAAGAGCACUACAAGACCGCACUCAGUUCAGUGACCGAGACUUGGCUACCCUUAAGAAGUACUGGGACAAUGGCAUGACCAGCCUUGGCUCGGUCUGUAGAGAGAAAAUUGAAGCAGUUGCAACUGAACUAAAUGUUGACUGUGAAAUAGUUCGGACUUGGAUUGGGAAUCGAAGAAGGAAAUAUCGUUUAAUGGGGAUUGAAGUUCCUCCUCCAAGAGGAGGCCCUGCUGAUUUUUCUGAGCAGCCCGAGUCUGGUUCUUUGUCUGAACUCACACCAGGAGAGGAAGGAACUGAAGUAGGAGAGGAUAAUGACAGAAAUGAUGAAGUAUCCAUCUGUUUGUCUGAAGGAAGCUCUCAAGAAGAGUCCAGUGAAGUUGUUCCAAAUGAGGCAGGUACUCAUAAGGAGGACCACCAUGAAGAAUCUACAGAUAAUGUGAAAAUAGAAAUCAUUGAUGAUGAAGAGAGUGACAUGAUAAGUAAUUCUGAAGUAGAACAAGUGAAUUCUUUCUUGGAUUAUAAGAGUGAAGAAGUCAGAUUCAUCAAAAAUGAGCUAGAGAUUCAAAAGCAAAAAUACUUUAAACUUCAGAUGUUUGUUAAAAGCUUGAUACUAGCUAUGAAAACUGAUGAUAAGGAACAACAGCAGGCACUGCUGUCAGAUUUACCUCCUGAAUUAGAAGAGAUGGAUUUCAAUCAUACCUUGCCGGAACCUGAUGAUACCUCAUUCAGUGUGUCUUCUUUAUCAGAGAAAAAUGCCUCAGACAGUUUGUGAUUUGAAAGGGGUAAUAUGAUACAGCCUUUUGGCUGCCCUAGCAGGUGUGCAUUUCAAGAUAACUGCAUUCUGUUACCCCAGAAUUCUUCAGCUGGAAAAACAUAUUGUUGAAACCAACAUAUUCUGUGAAGGAUGAACAAGAUAUAAUGGCUAUAGUGCAAAAGAUGUAUGUGAAAUGUAAGAGCAUUGUUUGAAAGUUUUUUCCAAAAUGCUGGAACUCUGGGAAAAAAUGUAUUAAAUUGAGCAGUCUAGCUAUGUAAUGCAUAAUGUCUAAUUCUGAAAGAUUUUUGUUUGGUUUUGUAGAAGAACCUUAGUUUUAGUAAUAGUUUUGACCAGACACAUUAAAAUAAAGUAUUCCAACAUUGCUUAUCAAGUUACUGAAGUUUGAUUAGUCCUGUUUUGGUAGCCAUUAUAUCUUCUUUCUACAUAUCUUGAUUUCCUAUCAUUC